UAAACAUGGCGACCAGGUUGAAUGCUGUUGGUUCCAAAUUUAUAAUUCUAAUACUUUUAUUGAGCGAUCCAAGUAAUUUUCAGAGAUCUUGAUUACACCAUUAAAUCAGUGGUGUGUACCAACGUUGGCUUUGUUCUUGACUGAACUUUCAUCUGGGCAAUUUGAAGGUGUGUGUAUAUGCCGUUCGUUUCCGAAGUUUACCCAACGAUGGAUGAGCUUUCAUCAGAAGACAAGAAAAGCCGUUAUACUGUUAAGCCAACAAGUAUUGAUGACUUCAAUAUAAUCAAACCAAUUAGCCGAGGAGCCUUUGGAAAAGUAUUUUUGGCUCGAAGAAGAGACAAAGAUCAACAGUUCUAUGCGGUAAAGGUGGUGAAGAAGACUGACGUUGUGAACAAGAACAUGAUAGAACAGGUGGUGGCCGAAAGAGACUGCCUGGCUAUUGCAAAGAGUCCCUACAUUGUAAACUUGUUUUACUCCUUUCAAUCAAAAGACAGGAUAUUUCUGGUCAUGGAGUAUUUAAUUGGAGGAGACUGUAAAUCAUUGUUACAUAACAUGGGAUACUUUGAUGAAACCAUGGCAAGAAUCUAUAUAGCACAGGUGGUCUUGGCUUUGGAUUACCUUCACAAACAUGGAAUUAUUCACAGGGAUCUUAAGCCGGACAAUCUUCUAAUCUCCAAUGAAGGAAAAAUCAAGUUAACUGAUUUUGGGCUGUCAAGGUUGACACUGGAAAGAAAACCAAGUUUUAUUGAUGUGAUGAGCACACCAUCUCUGAACAAGAAUGACAAGACAACAGGUUCAAGUUUUUUCAGAACACCUGGUCAAGUUAUGUCACUGACUUCCAAUUUCACUUUUUCACUGUCUGCCGCGAAACCAACGCAUAGAUCAAGACUCAACAGCAGUUGCUCAUCACUUGAGGAAGACAUGGAAACCACACCCAUAAGACAGGUGUCCACUGUCUGUCGUGUUAACAAAAUCCCUGGUGCAGCCUCAACUGGGAUUUUGGGACCUAACAGCCAAACUCCGCUCGCUGCUUCUGGAGGACAGGCCGUCAAAAAGCGAACCCAAUUUUGCCCAAAAAUCAGCCAAAAGACAUUUAACAUCGACGAUCCCCCUACGUCACCUCUGGUUGCGGAUGUAGUGCUGCCUAAAAACGUGAGAAACAGAUCACCUGAUGAAGAAAACCUAUUGCCGGCUUCAAAGAGACUUCGACAGACUGGGCUGACCAGUGAAAUCGAUGCGCUGACAUUGAAGGAAAUACGAAGGGGCUCUGAUAAUGAGUCUGCUAGAGGCCCUUUCCAGGAGAUGUGUACACCUCAGCGAUCCCUAGUAAAGGGAGCUGACUUCUUACCUAAGAAUCACCCUUUGAGUGACAAAAGCUCUCCGGAAUGUAAAUUUGAAAGCCCUGUUGUAAAAAGCGAGAGAAGGACAGCAUCUCUGGUGCAAGAAACCCUCACUUCUCCAAACCCCUCCAGUUGUGCACCGUUGGUCCUUGAGUUUUCCAGUCCACGUGAACGAGCUGGGACUAUGAUGGAAUUUUUGAAAGGGAAAGGACAAAUAACUCCUCACAACGAAUGUUUGGAGAAGGAGCGAGCCAUGACUACCUGUACACCUUUAACGUCUAUGACGCGUAGAAUUACGUCGCCAGGGGUGAAUUGUACUUCGGAUUAUAUUAAUGGAACGAGUAGUCCUUGUACAAAAAGCAGUGAACUAGACUGCAGGUUUCCCAACCAAGCAGUUAACGGUGAUUUGGAGAAAACUGAUAAAGAAUCGAAAGGAAUUAGGGCACUUGAACUUGCGGGGAAUAGAGGAAGUAACGAUGGUCUGCGGACAUCUCAGAAGGUAGAUACAAGCGGAAGUUCCGGUUUUAAUUCAAGUGGAAGUCCAUUUUCAAGGGAAGGAGAAUUUACUGCUAAUCAGACACCAGAUAGGUCGGAAAUCGAAAUCACAGAUGAAAUUUCACUAAUUGCCGGUAUUGAUAAGAAUAGCAGUCUCUCGAGGCGCGAGAGUGGGAUUGCAGUUUUACCACCUUCACCAGAUAUUAGCCACAAAAAUAUGAACAACAGCUCAGCUGAUGAAGUAGAGAAUGAGGAAUUUUCAUCACAUCAUGUUGGUUUGACGGUCAACAUUGCUAACUCUUCCUCUGAGUCGUGUCCUUCUUAUCCACUGGAAAGAAGUUUGACAAUCGAUUUCGAAAAUAAACAAAACGUAAGUGGUGUUAAUGUGGAGCCAAGUGAAGAUAACGAUUUGAACAAAGGCGAAGUCUUUCAUGGUGACAGUGAAGUGGAAUCCUCGAGUCGCCCUCGUUGUAUGACAAUCCCUUUUGAGAACAGCGACCAAGAACGCGAGGAAGAAGGGAAAAGUGUCAUUCAGGCUCCAGGUUCUCACAUGGACAUUAGUUUACCUGUUACAGUAACAACUGAAUCGCCCAUGGAUGUCACUUUUCAGAGUAGUUCAAGCUUAAAAAGUACCCCCGGCCCCAUGGAAGUCUCCAACCAGUGGCACCACACCUCAGCCCCUCUCAUUCGGACACCUUUUAGGACACCUAAGUCUUGUAAACGAGGAAAGCGGCGAACAUUUUCACCACCCAAGAACAGAAUUCUGGGAACUCCAGACUACCUCGCGCCAGAAAUACUCUUGGGAAACGAGCACACGCCAGCAGUGGACUGGUGGUCCCUAGGGGUAUGUCUGUACGAGUUUCUUACGGGAGUUCCGCCAUUUAACGACGACACGCCUGAACUGGUCUUUAGUCAUAUCAUGCAAAGAGAAUUACUGUGGCCCGAGGGAGAAGAGGCGCUAUCCCAAAAUGCAGUUGAUGCUGUGGAACGUAUCCUUAUUCUUGAGGCAGAACAGAGACCUGGUGCUAGAGAGAUAGAAAGCCUUCCAUUCUUUUCAAAUCUGGACUGGUCUUCAAUUCAUACCCAGCCUCCUCCGUUUGUACCCCACCCAGAUGACAUCACCGACACCAUUUACUUUCACGCAAGAAACACAAUGCAGAAUCUUCGAAUGUCCUCCUUUAGCCACUGAACAAAAUUGAAAAUCACCUUUGAUUAAUGAACUCUUCUUUGUCUCAUCAAAUUUCGGUGAACAGCGUAGUUUCCAUGCGUGAUAGAAAGUUUUUCUGUGAAUAGUGCGUUGUGUUUAUGUAGCUGUAAAAUCACUUGGGAGAAUCCACUGAGUUUACAACACCAUCUCAUUUAAGUUUCCAUGGUUUGUAGUUGCAAAACUAAAUCUAUUAUAAAUGUGUUAGGGAUUUUGUGUAAUAUAAUGAUAUUAAAUUACAUCUGUACACGAGAAA